AUGAGCACAGCAAUCCUGACAUAUCUUUUCGUCGGCGCGUCCUUCACGCUCUAUAUCGGCAUCGCCAUCUGGUCGCGGGCCGGAACAACGAAGGAAUUCUACGUCGCAGGUGGCGGCGUGCAUCCGAUCGCAAACGGAAUGGCGACCGCAGCAGACUGGAUGAGUGCCGCGUCUUUCAUUUCCAUGGCGGGUAUCAUUGCAUUUCUGGGCUAUGACGGGUCGGUCUAUCUCUUGGGCUGGACCGGCGGUUAUGUUUUGCUCGCGCUUCUCCUUGCGCCUUACCUGCGCAAGUUCGGACAAUUCACCGUCCCGGACUUCAUUGGAGAGCGCUACUAUUCAAGAGCGGCCCGGAUCGUGGCCGUCAUUUGCCUGAUCUUUAUCUCAUUUACUUACGUCGCCGGGCAGAUGCGCGGCGUAGGAAUUGUAUUCUCACGCUUUCUUGAGGUCGACAUUACUGUUGGCGUGAUCGUGGGGAUGGGCGUUGUGUUUAUCUACGCUGUCCUUGGCGGCAUGAAGGGCAUCACCUAUACCCAGGUCGCGCAGUAUUGCGUGCUGAUUUUCGCCUACAUGGUACCGGCCAUAUUCAUUUCGAUUCUGAUCACAGGAAACCCGGUGCCACAAUUGGGACUGGGCGCAACAGUGGCCGAUGGGUCAGGGCUCUCUGUACUCGCGAAGCUGGACAAGACCUUAUUGGACUUAGGCUUCAGUCCCUAUACAGAAGGCUCGAAGGCGACCAUAGAUGUGUUCGCCAUCACCAUGGCCCUCAUGGUCGGAACCGCAGGUCUCCCCCAUGUCAUCGUGCGGUUUUUCACAGUACCCAAAGUGUCGGACGCUCGCCUGUCUGCGGGCUAUGCGCUCAUUUUUAUUGCGCUUCUCUAUACGACCGCGCCGGCUGUCGCUGCCUUCGCGCGCCUCAACUUCGUGGAGACCAUCAACAAUACAAGCUAUGCGGAAGCACCCGGCUGGUUUAAAAACUGGGAAGAGAUCGGUCUUAUCGGUUGGAUCGAUAAGAAUGAAGACGGGGUUAUUCAAUAUGCAGCGGGCGCCGCUUUUGCUGGCAGCCCAACUUAUAGCGAUGAGAACGGCGCGAACGGUGAACGUGGUUUGACCAAUGCGCCAAUUGACAGCGCCAAUGAGGUCUAUGCUGAUAGGGACAUCUUUGUUCUGGCCAAUCCCGAGAUUGCAAGUCUGCCCGGAUGGGUCAUUGCACUCGUUGCCGCUGGCGGUCUUGCGGCAGCCUUAUCGACUGCGGCAGGGCUUCUCCUUGUCGUAUCGACAUCGAUAUCUCACGAUCUGUUAAAGAAAACACUGAUGCCGGAAAUAACCGAGCGCCAGGAGCUGCUUUAUGCCCGCAUUGCCGCGGCAGUGGCGAUCGGUGUUGCAGGCUAUCUCGGAAUCAAUCCGCCGGGAUUUGUGGCCCAGGUCGUGGCGUUUGCAUUCGGCUUGGCAGCAGCAUCACUCUUUCCGGCAAUCCUGCUCGGCAUCUUCGUGAAACGAAUGAACAAAGAAGGUGUGAUCGCUGGCAUGUUGUCCGGCCUCAUAUUCACCUUUGCCUAUAUCGUGUUCUUCAAAUUUGUGUCGCCAGAGCUCAACAGCUCAGAAAACUGGUUGUGGGGCAUCUCACCGGAGGGGAUUGGCACGAUCGGAAUGCUGUUGAAUUUCCUGGUUGCCUUCUCGGUUAGUCAGGCGACCAGCCCACCACCAGCCCAUGUCCAGGAUCUUGUCGAUGAUAUCCGCGUGCCGACAGGCGCAGGAGUGGCUCACAAGCACUGA